AGGCAUAGAAGAUGUUAAGGUGUUUUCUUUUUGAAUAAAUAUGUAAUACUCUGUAAAAAGUAGUGGCAGUGCAGUAGAAUUUUCACCAUCUCCUGAACUCGCUGUACAGCAAUCGAAGCACAUCGUGUUAUAUUAUGAUUCGAACUGCAAUUUCCAAGGGACUUUCCCUGUCCCGAGCAUGCAUCAGCGCUUCAAACGUAAGACAAUUCAACGACCAACAACGUAGAAUGGCACACUGGGGAUAUGCUCAAACAAUUUUAGGGCCAGAAAAAUGGUACCUUGAUUACCUGAUCGGCAAAGAGGGAAAGCGCCAGUCACCCAUUGAUAUCAAAGAAAGGGACCUAGACCCAAAGAAUUUUCCUUCGUUGGAUAUGUGUUACGACCCAAGCGAAAUUACGAAGGUGAAGAACACUGGUACUUCGGUCAAGUUCUUUUCAACUGGAACUAAAUCUGGAUUUACUGGUGGUCCCUUCCAGCACAGACAGCGUUUGGUCCAAUUUCAUUUCCAUUGGGGUGCGGAAAAUAACCGUGGUUCGGAGCAUACGAUCAACGGCAGACCUACAAGCGCAGAGCUUCACUUUGUGCAUUACAACGAUAAAUACCCGGAUGCUACCGAAGCAAUGAAGCACCCUGACGGUUUGAGUGUACUUGGCGUAUUUAUUGACGUGGAAGACACAUGCAACCCUGCAUAUCAGGUUCUUCUGCACAACGUUAGGAAGGUUCGGUACGCGCACACCGAAGCCCAUGUGGAAGGAUGCCUUGACGUGGAUGGAUUAUUCCCAUCAGACAAAGGCGCCUUCGCUCACUACCACGGAUCCCUGACCACCCCACCACUUACCGAAUGCGUGGAGUGGAUCAACUUUCGCGAAAUAACCGGAAUAUCUCAAGAGCAGAUGGACACGUUCAGGGGAUUGUAUUCUACCGAGGAAGGCAAACCAGCAGUGCCUCUGGUGGACAAUUUCCGUCCAGUGCAACCAAUUCAUGGUCGCACAGUUUACUGCCGCGACUGUAUGUAAAACUAACGCAAGAAUCUACAUUAUGUAGUAUAUGCAUUUAUUUGCGAUUCAAUGAUACAGAAUUAUGCAAGUCUGCAUGUUAUUGCACGAAACGUAUCCAGUAUCCAGAUAUUGUAAAAUCUUAUUACCCUUAUACAAAAGCCUCACAUAACAAACAAAAACCAAUGAAACCACCAUCAAAAACACAAAUUAGUUAAAAAUCAACAGAAACCAAUGAAACCACCAUCAAAUGUAUGUUAACCAUAAACCAAUUCUUUGUUCACCAUAAACCAUGUUAUAUAUGCACACGACACACCUCAGAUACAAAUAACUACUUCACAGUCUCAUGUACGUCCAGCCGUUUUAAACACAAUACAAAAAAAAAACUUGUGUAUUUUGCCUAUACCACGUAUUCAAGAGAAUAAAUUAUGUAUAUUGUCAUCA